GUAUAUGAUAGUUAUCCCGCUCCGCUGUAAAAAGGAGAACGAUAAACCCCGCGUUCCGUUGCUGCGCUGUUGCUCCAGCGAUAGCGGAGAGCGAUAUUUGCCGUUUGCAUGGAACGCUGGUUGUUGGUGCAUUACUUUUUGUGGUGAAUAGUGGUGCAUUUAUUUUUCUGGCUGGCUGCGUUGCUUCGCCAAACAUCACUAUGGCCAAACCAACGUGACCACCACAAUCCUGGACAAAAUAUGUUGAGACAAAUCACUUUUCUAGCAGUUCUGAGAGUGUUUUCCUUGUAACAGCACUACAAAUAGUGUUGUAGUUAUGUUGAAUGGUUGUCAGCCAAAUUUUAGACUACCUCUGUACUGUUUGUUUUUAGCAGCUAGCCCCCACCCCUGUUCAAUGUUUAGUCAGUUCAGUGUGGAAGGCAAGUGUUGCAGCUAGCUAUCUAGCUCAUCAGCUCAUCUCCAUGUUUUGCUUGAAUUAUUAUAGCAGUAAGAUAUUAUGCCUUUUGCAAAGUCUAACAGGAAAGGGUCACGGAUCAUUCGCACAACUCUCAGAAACGGUUAUACAAGAAGUGUUUUCAAGUCAUUUCAGCCGGUGACAAGCAAUUCCUCUGCAAGCAUAACUACCAUAGAAGAAACAAAUAAUACAAGUGCUAUUGAGGACCCUUUAGUGCAAACCGAACAAUUUGAUAUUGAAGAACAUGAUAAUGUACAGUUUUUGUUGAGUGGGGAUAUAGUUAAAAAAAAAAGAUGUGGCGGUUAUGAAAGAAACAAAGAGAAAGAAUUACAUUCCUGGAGUUCUGUCACUUCUAACAUUUGUGAAAAUUAUGCUGAAAAAUUCAACCUUUUGCUUCUUCAAAAGUGUACGGUAUGUGAUUCGUCGUUUGAGGAAGGGCUUGUUUGGUGCAAAGACUGUGGUCCACUUGCGACAUAUUGCCAGGGUUGUGCAGACGUUUCCCAUAAGAACAUUGCAUUUCAUAAUGCAAUUACUUUAAAGCCAAACUUUGACAUGAUGACAUAUACAUUUCACAACGAAUUACACGAUGCUCACUGUUAUUCCUGUUCAAACAAAUAUUUUCGAGUAAUAACAAUUGUUUCAGAAAAAGGUUGUCUCCAUCAGUGUGAAGUCUGGUUCUGCACAUGUGAAUCUGAAUUUUCGAAGUUGUUAAAGUAUGAUUUAUGGCCAUCAACACCUACUAAACCUUCUACUGCCAUCUCAAUAAAAUUGCUGGACCAAUUCGUUGCAUUGCAAAUGGAGGGUAAAAUUUCUUUCACUUCAUUUAUUGAUGGAAUGUCAUGGAAAACUGGUAUGCAUAACCAAACUCUGAAACGCGUAUUAACACGUUUUAUGCAAACAGACUCCAUUGACCAAUACCGUCAAUUCCAGCGACAGUUGAGGGAUCUAUGGUUUUCAGACUUAACAGGAAAAAAACCCAACCAAUGUCCAGCAUGUCCAAUAGAUGCUGGGAGUGUUUUCUAUUGCAUGGAUGCUAAUUUUGGACUUGUUUUAAAAAGCUCUGCAUCAAAAUCAAAGAAUACCCCAAACAAUGACAAAAAUCAUUUUAUUGAAGAUGACGAAGUUGACACAUUCAUGUCUAGCUAUGAUGACAAAGCUGUGGAAAAUAAGGAAUGUAAUAACUUUCAAGCAGGGAACCGUAUCCGUUCAAAAAGAAAAAGUUCAAAGCUUAGUGUGACAGGUGUUUUUGGUGUAUCUUGUCGGCAUGAAAUUCCAAAGCUCUUUCUUAACAUGCGACAUGGCGAGAGAAUUGGUUAUGCGGUAUUAAUGAUGAAUAAAAUCCUAGCUGAAGUGUUGGGUAAAGAUAUUGACGUCCAUAUUAUGUAUGAUAUUGCCUGUCAGAAAAAAGGAACGUUAAGUAAAUACCCCAAAUUCAAAUUAGGGAUACCAGUAUUUCACGCAUAUGGGCACAAAAGUUCUUGUCAGAAUCUUUGUAAUAGUAACCGUUUUCCACAUUUUCAUUGUUAG